CCACAACAGUUCACUGAAUUGUUUAGUAUGCGGAAGGAAUAUGGGGCUUCUAAGUCGUAGAAGAAUACCAACUUUAAUUCAAUUUAUUUUGCUGAUAACAUUGGUGUUUUUAAUGCUAACUUUCCUGUUAAGACCUGUAUCAAAUCAUCCUGAUGAAAUAAAAUAUUUUGGACAAAAUAUAGGUGAGUAGCGAAAAUUAAAAAAAUAUAAUUAUUUGUUGUUCAUUGUCUAGGGUUUCACUUACUAUAAACGUCUUGAGAUAUUUCUAUAAUGCAAUAAAUAAACAAACUAUGCACUGUUAAUGUAAGAAGGAAAGCGAACUUUAUAUCUUGAGAAUUGAUUUGCCGGAUCAUAAUCGUAUAUAUUAAAAGCGGCGUUUUAAAAUAAUCGCAAAUAUUGAAGCGCUAACUAAAUAGAUUAAUUAUUAAACCUAUUAAGUUGCACAUUGCCUUACUUUAUUAUUUUACUCUGUCUAACACCAGACAAUUUUACUCAUCAAAGGGGAGUAUUAAAUACAGCUUGAUGCCAUUGCAAACACAAAUUGCAAUGUAGUGUGUUGCUAUGGUAAAUUAUUGUGUCCCUGUGGAAUUUGACUCAGUAGCUUGGGGUGGGGGACCCAAUCUAAUAUAUUAUAAAUAGGACCUUUGCAUAAGGUCAGAACUAUGUCAAAACGAGUGAGGGAAUGGCAUGAAGAACAGUGGGGGGUUUCAAAACAUCAAACAUUCCGAUCACUGGAUCGUGACUGGAUGGCAGCAUUGUUAUGCAAAGGCCAUUCUACAUUAAUUGAUACAUUUUGUAUGUUAAGGUACAGCAGCAGUGUUAAAGAGUGAAGGCUUGUCUCUAUCAUCUGCAUGUUUAUCAAGGGAUAUUUUGAACAGUCAUGAAGUUCAACUGUACAGCAAUAGAUUGCCAAGUAAACAAUGUAAGUUAUUAUGAUCUAGUGUAGACAGUGGCAAUAAUAAUAGCUUCAGAUUGAUAGCAAUACAACUACCUGAAAAAUACAAGGAUACCUUCAACGUUUUAAGCAAUUAAGGCCCUUCUUUGGGAAGUUUGUGACAAAGGGCCCAAACUCGAAAUGUUGAAGUUCUCCUUGUAUGUUCAGGUACAGUAGUUGCAUUGCUAUCAUUCAACAGUGCCACAGAAUACUAAUAUACAGAAGUUCAUAUCCAUUGUUUUUGCGUAAGUGCUAUUCGUCAUGAUUCGUCACUGAGCAAGUACCGUAACAGAAGCAGUCACCCCCUAGACGGUACUUGCCGAGUGACGAAUCAUGUUGAUGGACUUCUGUAUAGUAUCCUGUGCCAGCGCUCCCCCCUUGACAAGUAAAUCAUCUGGCAUUAGACAGAGUAAAAUAAUAAAGUCGGGCGCAUCAGCGCACAAUGCGACUCAGUGAGUUAACUAGACACAUAGGCAAAUUAACCAAUUAAGCGCCAGCACUCUCCCCUUGACGAGUAAAAUCGUCUGGCGUUAUAAAGUAGGGCGCAGUGCGACUCACUGGGUUUAUCACUCAGCCAAGCGUAGUCAGUAAGUUAGUAAGCCAUUCAGUGAGUUACACCUUUCUCGUUUUAUUUUAGAUUAUUUAACUAUUGCUAUCCCAACAAUUGCUCGUGAAAUUGGCAACAAAUAUCUGAUGAAAACAUUGAGCAGUCUCACUACAAAUCAAACUGUAGGAAGAAGCAAAACUGAUUUACUUAUUGUAGUACAACUUGGAGAUGAAGAUCAAGACAAGCGAACAAAACUAGCCGCAGAAAUAAAAGAGAAAUAUGCACAUUUAAUAAAUGAGGGGAUUUUGGAUAUAAUCCAAGUGUAUCCUAAGUAUUAUCCUUCGUUUGAUAAGCUUAAACGAAGGUUUGGAGACAGCAAGCUCAGAGUUAAGUGGCGAUCAAAACAAGUCAUUGAUUUUUCAUUUCUUUCAUGUUAUUGCUAUGGUUUAGGGAAAUAUCAUUUGCAGUUAGAGGAUGACGUCAUAGCAUCGCCAUAUUACUAUCACAAGCUGAAAGACUUCAUUCAACACUACGAAGCCAAAGAGAAAUGGUUUACACUCGAUGCAUCUGUACUUGGUUAUAUAGGAAAGGUUUAUCAUAACUACGACUUAAAUGAAAUUGCUAGUUUUUAUUACAUUUUCUUUGAUGAAAUGCCUGUGGACUGGAUGGAAUACACAUGGAGAGAAAUUAAGGGACAAUCGGGACGAUGGAGGUUUCGAGCAGCCUCGCUAUUUCAGCAUAUUGGUCUUGUGUCGUCUUUACAGAAUAAAAAACAGAAGUCAAAGGAACCAUACUUUGAUAACCAAACACAAAAAUUCCUAGGUCUCAACCCCCCUGCAAAGGUACAAACAGAUCUUAUAGCAGAAAAAACAAAACUAAAGGCAGCCUAUGAACAGGGGGGUGGGUAUUUUUGGGGAAGGUGUCAUCAUAAAUCUAACUGUUUUAUAAAAAUUAUAUUUGAGAAGGCUUUACCACUACAGCGGGUUGUUGUAGAGACGGGAGGAAACUUUGCUACAAAUGAUACUAUACAUCAUGGUUCAUUGAAAAUUGGAACAUAUCCUAAUAUAAAUGACUGCGUGCAUUAUGAAACGCCAAGUCCAGAGACCUUCAAAAAAGGAACUUUGGACAUUGUGUUUCCACAAAAACAGACAGUGAAUUGUUUAAGAAUUGAAAUUCAAAGACAGCAGGAGUGGGUUUUUAUACGCGAAAUUAAUGUAUGGCCAGGGAGAUCUUAAAAAGAUGGGAAGAUCUGAAAAACAUGCUGGGCAAAAAUGGGGUGAAAAACAAAUUUUAGUUUAUAUGGAGAAAUAUGACUAAUAUAUUAUAAUUAGAGAACUUGAAACUUUUGUAGAAAUAGUGUUUUAGUUGUGUUUUAAAUUUUUAAGACAAAGUUUCGUUGAAUAAAAAUUUGUUUAGAACGAUGACUGCUAUUUCCAACUUGGUAAUGAAAACGUUUUGAAAUGUAUAACGCUUACCCCAGGUGUCUAAAAAGUAUUACUGGUAACGAAGACAAUGAAUAUAACAGAGAACAAACCAAAGAUUGAUGUUCCCAACACGAGAAAAGGAAUGAGUUCGUCAUGGUCCCUCUGCAUACCACUGACGCGAACAGCAAACACUGUCGUCAAGUUACAGAAACUGAAAACAGAUAAAACACACAUGCUGCAAGUCUGGC